UUGUUAGAUGGCAGCAGUGAGUCACCGACGUCUUGCUGCAUCCGUGGCUGCAGAACCCGGAUGAGCCGGUCAGCUGUUUAUCAAUCAUGAUAAAUAAUGUGCAAGGAUCGCAGGACACUGUCAGCAUGGAUCAAAACCCCGAUGAACGCACGCAAAGCCAAAGCCACAGGUGUCAGCUGCUGGACCUGCCGUGGGAGGAUGUGUUAGUUACACACGUGUUCUGUUACCUGCCGCUGCGGCACCUGGUCAGCUUACAGUGCGUCAGCAAGAGCUUUCGUUCUCUCGUCCAGGUGUAUCUGGCCAACUGCCGGAAGUUUGACCCCACACAGACAGGGCAUCACAUUCCUAAAGAAGCCUUCUGCUCAAUGCUUCGCCACAAUCAAGUUCUCCAUCACCUCUGCGUCAGCAACUGCUCCGAUUGGAUAACAGACAAAGAGCUGCUGCCCGUGAUUGGUCAGAACCAGCACCUGCUGCGUGUGGACCUGCGUGGCUGUGUUCAUCUGAGCCGUCAUGCGCUGGUGGCCGUGUCUCUGAGCUGCCCGCGGCUGCAGCAUCUGACCCUGGCUCACUGCGAGUGGGUGGAUAGUCUGGCUCUGCGCAGCCUGGCCGAUCACUGCCCGGACCUGCGCUCGCUGGACAUCACCGCCUGCAGACAGCUGAAGGACCAGGCCGUGUGUUACCUGGCGGGGAAGUGUCCGGAGCUGCGCUCGCUCUCUGUGGCUGUUAACGCCAACAUCACGGACACCGCGGUGGAGGAGGUGGCCAAAAAGUGCCGAGAGCUGGAGAGGCUGGACCUCACGGGGUGUCUGCGAGUGAGGAACGAAGCCAUCAGGACGUUAGCGGAGUACUGCCCCAAACUGCAAUCUCUCAAAGUGAACCACUGUCACAACGUAACCGAGUCCAGUUUGGGCGUUCUGCGCCGGCGUGACGUGGAGAUCGAUGUGGAGCCUCCCCUGCAGAGGGCGCUAGUGCUGCUGCAGGACGUGGUGGGGUUCGCUCCCUUCAUUAACCUGCAGAUUUAACACAACAUCUGGACCAUUCUUAAGGUCCUCUCUCUCCUCCACAAUCUUUCUCUGGAAGGCUGGAACACUUUUACACCAGAAGACACAACCAUGAAUCCACAUUUCAAGCGCUUGAUUGUUUUAGUGUAUUUUAGCAUUUAAAAAGAAACUUUCUUUGGUGUGAAACCACGCUGAAGGCUUUCAGAAUGAGGCCUCGAUCAAAUCUGGUCCCAUUGUUGUUAUGAUCAUCAUUAAGAGGACGUUAGUUAAAAAAAAUAUUAUUUAUUGAAGCAGCUCUCUGUUUUCAUGCAGGAACCAAAUGUUGUAUCAUUUUGCACUCAUGAAAUACUGAAAUAUUUGCACUUUAUUUCAGUACAUUACAGUCCUUUAGCUUUACUGGACCAUCAGAUUUUCUCUCAGCUUCAUUUGACAGACCUAUUAAUCAAUCAAGUCAUGUUUUACAGUAGCAAACUGGUAUAUUUAGAGCUCUGUGUUGACUUAAUUUCCAUUAACAUAAUAAUAGAAAAGAAUGGCAUCAUUAUGUUUAGGAACUAAACACUAGAUUCUUAUUUACAUGUGAUUUGUAUGGAUAUUGAUUCAUAUGCACUUUGAAACCUCAGUUUGAAAAAGAUUGAAGCUGCAAAAUCAGAAUGGGUGCUGGUUUACUUCACAGGUUUGCAUAAAUAAGAUAGAUCUUGUAGUAUUGCUUUCAAAUUGGACUUUUUGCAGGGGUUUCUCUAUGUGUUGCAUUCAUAAUGCUUCAUCAAGAUCCUAUAUGUAUAGAACUGAAACAUAUUUAUAAAGUGUGGCCAGGUCUGCAUGUGGUUAGCUGUCACAAUGGGCUUCUUUUGAAUGCUGGAGGACUAUAUUUUUUUGCUUUAUGAGUAUUUCAGAAAGUAUCAGGAUAUUUAUCUUUUCUUCUUCUUCAUUUUUUGGAUAAUUCCUCGACAUUUUAAGUUCACAAUGGUAUAUGAUUUUUGCACAUGCACUGUGCUUUAAUGUUUUGCUUUUGUAUAAUUCCGUAAUUGUGUGGUUGUAAAUCAAGUGCAUAAAUGUUUUAUGCAAAUUUCUGAAAGAGUAUAAGUCUUAAGCAAUAUUGAAAUAUUAUUUGGUCUUGGAUCACAUGGCAAGUUUGUUGUAAUGCAAUAGUUCACCCAAAAAAUAACAUUUGCUGGAAAUGUAGGUUAUUCAAGUUGUAGAUACGUUUGUUUUUUCAUUCUGCUUGAUCAGCGCAGAUUUCUCUCCUGAUUCAGACAAAAUGACUUUUACAAUGGAGUUAGUGUUGUUAUGCAUUAAGGACUCAUUACACGGUUUAAAGUUGAAAUUGUCAUAAUAUGUUGACUGAUGGACUGGAGUGGUGUGUAUUACUAGUGGAUUAUUGUGAUUGUUAUUAUCAUCUGUUUGGACUCUCGUUCUGACGGCACCCAUUCACUGCAGAGGAGCCACUGGUAAGUGAUGUAAUGCUAAAUUUCCCCAAAUCUGAAACCACGAAGAAACAAACUAUUGGACAGACUGGAGGUGAGGUAAUUUAGAGAAAAUUGGAAUUAUUGGGAGAAUUGUUUCUUUAAAAUAGCAUGGUGUUUUUAACAUUUUUACUUUAUCAUGCUAUUAACCGGUAGAGGGCAGUGUAGCCUAUGAUUUCGGAUGGAUGCAUGGCUUUUGAUAAUUGCAUUUUUCGAGACGUGGAAAUUUGCAUUAAUUUACAAACACCGUUUCUAAAGCAUGGGAUUUAACCUUGAAAGUAUUUAUUUUUUUUUUUUUUUUUUUAGGACUUAAAGUCUUGCACAAGUUCGAAUCCUGCUCCAGGUGCAAAAAAAGGGGGGUUUAUUAUCGAUUAACUUUUAUUCCAAAUGAAUAAAGGGAAGGUGGUGUCCUAAUGACCUGAAUUACUAAAUUAUUAGUCAUAGAGCUUCAUUUAUGCCUAUUGAGCCCUGAAACUCAAACUGGUUCUGGAUUGUGAAACUUAUAAUUUAUAUGCAUCAUCUGAAAGGCAGCUAACUUUUUUUUCUUUCAGCUCGUUUCACAAGCAGUGUGUGUUGAGACAAAUAGAAAAUAAAAAGGCUGAUUUAUAUUACGAAAAAGGAUAGCAACCGUAUGAAUAAAAUACACAUUU